AUGGCGGCGUCCCCCUCGUACUCGCGCGAGCUGCUCGUCGCCCAGCUCGCCGUCCAGCGAGCCACCCUCCUCACCAAGCGCGUGUUCCGCGAAAAGGCAAAGGGGACGGUUGACAAGAACGACAAGUCCCCCGUCACCAUUGGCGACUUUGGCGCGCAGGCCCUCAUCAUCGCCGCCCUCCAGCACAACUUCCCCCAGGACGCCAUCGUGGCCGAGGAGGAGGCCGCCCAGCUCAGGCGCGACGCGCACCUCUGCGAAACCAUCUGGGCCCUCGUCGGGGACACGCGGCUGGACGACGAGGCGGCGGAGCGCACCCUCGGCGGGCCCGUCGCCGACGUCGACUCGAUGCUGCGGCUCAUCGACCUGGGCAACAGCCCCGGCGGCCCCGCGGGUCGCGUCUGGACCAUUGACCCCAUCGACGGCACAAAGGGCUUCCUGCGCGGCGGCCAGUACGCCGUCUGCCUGGGCCUGAUGGUCGACGGGCACGUCCGCGUCGGGGUUCUCGGCUGCCCCAACCUGCCGCUGGACGAUGCCGCCCGCCUCGCCGGCGACGUGGGGUCCAACCAGACCGACCGGGGCAGGGGCGUGCUCUUCUCGGCCGUCGAGCACGAGGGCGCCGACAGCCGGCCCCUGACCGCCGCCGCCCUGUCGCCGGACAGCAGGCGCAUCGGCAUGCGGCCCGUCGCCGACCUGGCCGAGGCUACCUUUUGCGAGUCGGUCGAGGCGGGCCACUCGGCCCAUGACGAGCAGGCCCUCAUCGCCGAGAAGCUGGGCAUCACGCGCCCCAGCGUCCGCAUGGACAGCCAGGCCAAGUACGCGUCCAUCGCUCGCGGCGCCGGCGACAUCUAUCUCCGGCUGCCUGCGAGCGCCACGUACCAGGAGAAGAUCUGGGACCACGCAGCGGGGGACCUGAUUGUGAGGGAGUCGGGCGGUCAGGUCACGGAUGUUUACGGCAAGAGGCUAGACUUUGCCCGCGGCAGGACGCUUGCGAACAACAAGGGUGUCGUGGCGGCGCCCGUGGGGGUUCACGACGAGGUUCUGAGGGUUGUCCAGGAGGUGCUGAAGAUUGAUGAAAGAGGCCACCCAUGA